CGAUGAUAUUUAUUUGCCAGUGCAUAAUGUGACUGAAUGCGGCAUCUGCCUACACACUGCACACAUUCAUCUGAAACACUCAGAUGCAACCGUACCUGUCUUCCUAUACCGAUUUUGUUUCGCCUAGAUUUUUAUUCAAUAAGACCCCUGCAAAAACCUCGGCGGAGGUAGUGACUCCAAUCAUGCCUGACGAGGGAAGGCCGUACUCGAUAGCAACAAAAUGUGCUGCUGAAUUUCUUGCUUUGAUGACAUUUGUAAUUAUAGGGUCAUUACAAGCAGCACUCAGCAACAAAAACACAGACGGAGUCUUGAAUGCAGCCCUUUGCCACGGUGUUGCCAUUGUUGUACUUGUAGGAAUCUUUGCUCAUAUAAGUGGUGGUCAUGUCAAUCCCAUUGUGACUCUUGGAAUUGCUUGUCUUGGAAAAAUGCCCGCGCUUGAAGCUGUCUUUUACAUUGUGGCUCAAUCACUCGGUGGCAUAGUUGGCUCCUUUUUGGUUAGGGCCAUCCUGACUCACGACCAAUUUGUAGCGAUACAAGGAGGUGCGACACUUUGCGGAACUGGCAUAGAGUGGUAUCAGGGUUUCUUAGCGGAGAUAUUCACCAGCAUGUUUCUAAUUUUGACUGUUUUUCUUUAUGCUGUGGACGAAAAGAGUAUACUGGCACCGUUGUCAAUUGGUUUGACUGUAAUUUUCGAUAUUUUGGCAGUCGGAGCAAUUUCUGGAGCGUCGAUGAAUCCUGCGCGGUCGCUUGGCCCAAACGUAGUCGCUGCAAUUUUUAUGAACGACAAGUUGAAGGAAGGAUUUUGGUCCAAUCAUUGGAUUUAUUAUGCUGGACCAAUAAUCGGAACGCUCCUCGCAGUCGCACUUCACAGGCUCUUUUUUGCACGCGACAAACGACUUGUUCAAUGAGAACAGCUGUUCCCAAAACUCAGAUGCCGGUCUUACAUAGCUUACUUCAGAUGAAUAGUUCUCUCUAGCUUUCAAGUUUUGUCGAUCGUGAGUAUCAAAAGUAUUCGUUAUUCACCUUGCAUCUCUCUUUCUCUUUGUCCGGUUCAUUUUGUACAAAAUACCAUUUCCUCCCCAUGUACGUCAUGAGUGCAAUUCCCCCCCCCCUGGUUGCAUGCUAAUUUCUUGAUCAUUGCCACAUCUCUAGGAGGUGGACGAGUUAGAAGUAUUGCCAUUGUAGUAGUUUAUUUGUUGAUUCACUUCAAAUGUCAUAGCUAAUGAAUAUUAUUGUGCUACGACAUACGUGUGCUAUAUUACCAAGCAAUCUUGAAGGAGUUGGUGCUUGAGAUGGUCUAAACGGAGCAUGGAGGUUUCAAAAUUGUAAGAGAUUUGGACAAGCUAUGCAUUUUAUGUAUUUCUAUACUCGCAAAUCUGUUGUAUUCAUUUCGAUACAGCAAUGAUUCACGCAAAAUUCGUUUCGCCUUGAUGAAUCAUAAAACAACUAUUGGCAA